CUCGCUGCGAUGGCGGCGGCGCCGAGCACAGUCACACCGCUGGCGGCGGAGUCUUCCCCUCAGGAAGCUACCGUCUCUGCCGCCUCCUCCUUCUCCUACACCGCCUGCGCGGCGGCGGCGGUGGCGGCGGCAGCGAUUGUGCCUGCCUCCUCCGCCACCUCCACCUCUGCCUGCCCGCCUGCCGGUGGCUGUGGUGACGGCGGCGGCAGCUUUGGCGGCUCCACUAUGGCGGCGGCGGGGAGGGGGGGCAGUAGUUUUAAAGUAGACACCCGCCCUUUCCUCAGAGAAGAUAUGAGUUGGAAUCAACAGGAAAAGACUGAACUUUUUACAGAUAAUUUUUGUAAUAUAUGUGGAGUGGUGCUGCGGUUUGAAUCACAGAGGAUUUCACAUUAUGAGAGUGAAAAACAUGCUCAAAAUGUUAGGUUUUAUUUUCAAAUGCAUGGGGAACAAAAUGAAGUGCCUGGUAGGAAAAUGAAGAUGGAUGUUAGGAAUUUUCAGGUGCAUAGGAGUGAAGUAGUGGACAGAAACAAAUUUUGUGAUCUUUGCAACAUGAUUUUUAGUUCCCCAGUUGUUGCUCAGUCUCACUAUGUGGGGAAAGUCCAUGCUAAAAAACUGAAGCAAUUAAUGGAGGAGCAUGAUCAGGUAUCUCCAUCAGGAUUUCAGCCAGAGAUGGCAGGUGUGCCUAUUACUACUUCUUCAGAGUCAACUUUUCUGAAGCCCCUUGCUGUCAAGCCUCCUCCAGCAUUUAGUAUGAGAACCUACGUUUGUCAUAUUUGCAAUAUCACUUUUACAUCUUUAGAAAUGUUCCGGUCCCAUAUGCAAGGAAGUGAACAUCAAAUUAAGAAGAAAAGAUUUAAUGGACAAUUGCUGACUAGAGAAUCCAUUGUUAUCAAUCUAGUGAAGAAUACAAAGAAGCCACCAGAUUCUUACCAAGAUGAAGGUUCAGAUUACAUCAAAGUACAGAAAGCCAGAGGACCAGAACCAAAGACUUGUUUCAGAAAGACAGAAGAGAGUUCUUUGGAAGCCCGUGGGUACAGAGAAGCAGUUGAUUCCAGAUCCAGGCGUAGAAUGUUUGAACAAAGACUCCCAUGUGAGACUUUCCGGACAUACCCAGGAUCAUACAAUAUUUCACAAACAGUGAAAAGCCAGUUACCUCAUUGCUUACCAGCUCACUCAAAGAAGACAUAUGACUCUUUCCAAGAUGAACUGGAAGAUUACAUCAAAGUACAGAAAGCCAGAGGACUAGAUCCAAAGACUUGUUUCAGAAAGAUAAGAGAGGCCCCUGUGCAAACCCAUGGGUACAGAGAAGUUGAUUCUGGACCCAGACCAAGAAUCUGUGAGCAAAGAUUUUCAUUUGAGACUUCCCAGACCUAUCAACAACCAUAUACUAAUUCACCAGUGGAAAGCCAGUCACAGCAUUGGUUACCAGUUCAUUCAAAGAGGACAUACGACUCUUUCCAAGAUGAACUUGAAGAUUAUAUCAAAGUGCAGAAGGCCAGAGGACUAGAGCCAAAGACUUGUUUCAGAAAGAUAAGUGAUAGUUCUGUGGAAACUCAUAAAUACAGAGAAAUGGUUGAUUCCAGACCCAGACAUAGAAUGUUUGAGCAAAGACUCCCAUUUGACACUUUCCAGACUUACCAAGGACCAUAUAAUAUUUCACAGGCAGCAGAAAACCAGUUACCUCAUUGCUUACCAGCUCAUGAAAACAAAGACAGAUUAGACCCUAUGACCUACUGUCAACUCACCAGAGACUAUUUCCCAGAAAAACCAGUACCCCUGAGCCUUAGUCAGCAGGAAAAUAACUCUGGCCCAUACAGUGUGGAAUCUGAAGUUUACAAGAACCUCUCUUCAGAAAACAGUACUAGUGACCCUCAUGUAAAUCAUAAGCGGAGACAUCAGAAGAGAAGAAGGCACCAGGAGGAAGGUGAAGAAAGGCCAGAGAAGGAGCAGUCCAAGCAUAAAAAGAAAAAGGAUACAGAUCUAGACAAGGACGACAGCAUCCAGCAAAAGAAAAGAGAGGGAGAUAAAGUCAGCAUCAGUUCAGAAAAGCUUAAGCAUCGAAAAAAGAAAAAAAGCCAUGGUGUACCCUCUGAGAAAGAAGAACGUAAGCACAAGAAAGAGAAAAAGAAAUCUGUUGAAGAAAAGACAGAAGAGGAAAUGCUUUGGGAUGAAUCUAUUCUUGGAUUUUGAACUUUUAGUAUUGUUUACCCAAUGAAAAAUUGGUUAAGAAUAGGGGAAUUUAGCCAAAGACAGGGAUAUCCAAUGAAGAAAAAGAGAGAUGGGUACAGUCAUUUUCAGUUCAGGAAAGCUUAGUUUUAUGUGUGUAAAAAUUUGAAUUGAAAGAACAGACAAACAAGCCUAAAUCUAGCCUUUGAGAAAUAAGAACAUAAGAAAAACGUAAGAACACAACAAGAACAUAAGAGAAAAGGAAGCCUGUUGAAGAAAAGACAAAAGUGUCAAUGCUCUGGGAUGAGUCGUCUCUUGGAUUUUGAACUUUUCAGUUUUGUGCCCUUAAGGUUGAAUUGAAGAAAUAAGUUGAAGAGUUUGGUUUCAUGAAAUUCAUGUUAUUUGAAUUUUCCUAAGUGGACAGUUACUUUAACCGCUAACAAAAGCCAAGUGAAGUAAAAGUAUUCAAUAUGCCUUUUCCUCAAGUUAUUUUUCCUCAUUUCUUGAAAUGAAAGAAAAAUUACGUGUUUCAUACAUACAGAGUAAUUUCCCUUAAUGAGGCUGUCUCCACUCCUAUUCAUCAAAUUGUUGUGAUAGUGAAUUUUUUACUUCUGGGAAAUAAUUUAUUUUAAAUGAGAGAAUUACCACGCAUUACAGAAUCCAUCCCUUGUAUGGAUUUGUGUUAGUGUUGGUGGUAUUGUUUUUAUCGUUGUUAUUGUAUGUUUAUGUUUCUUGGUUUUCUCCAGGGAAAAUGUGUGAAGCAACUCAGACUGAUUUUUUUGUUUGUUUGUUAAAUCUAAU